AAAUAUUCCAACCCAACAUUUCCACAUCGGUUCCCUGCAACUUAUUGUUGUGUGGAUGGCGACGGUUUCACUUGCCAAAAGCUGAAAAAUACCUCACCUCACCUCACCUGCCCUUUUGCUUAUUUCAUGAACACUUCAUGAAUUUUAUGACAUAAAUUAUCCCUCUCAUUCCUUCUAUAUAUAUACAUGUAUGAAUGAUUGAGAUUUAGCAUUUGACGAACUCAGUUUUGGCAUGCCAUGGAGCUCAAGUCUAGCACCACCACCAUCUUUUUUCUCUUCCUCCUUUUCACUGUGCCCUAUUUAUCAAGAGGGGAAUCGGAUCGGUUGGAUUUGGAGGUGUACCAAAUCGAUUAUAGGGGUCCAGAGACCCACUCAUCAACUCCUCCGCCUGAUCAUCAUCACGUUAAGCCUUUGACUCAUCGAGAAACUGCUGUGGCAGCUCCCAAAUCUAAGGGCUUAAAGGGUGGUAGUCUAGGAAGAAAAGUCAAUAAAAUUCAAGGAUAAUAAGUUGUGAGGGAGGUUGUUUUAGUUUUGGUCAAAUUGAAAACAGCUCAGUUUCUCUCUUACAUUCAGUUGAGAAUGAGCUUGGAAUGUAAUAUAUGGCAAUCUUCUGUUAUGCUUUACCUAUAUAGCAAUUUGUUUAAAUGAGGGUUGUGUGAUCUUUAUUUCAUUUUUGAGAAACCAUGUGAUGGUCUUUAUUUGGAGUUUGAUAAUUGUAACUACUAUUAUGUAGUUCUGGCUUUAAGAAGAAUUAGCUUAAUAGCCAUAGUUUGUAUUGUAUAUCAAUGUAAUUAAUCAACCAAAAAAAAAGACAAUGUAAGUUGCAAGAUCUAUAGUUAGCAUUAUUCCCUUA